GCCUUCAAAUUUGCGAUGUUGAACCACAACAAGAAUACCACGACUCGGAAGUUUGAGUUGCAGGCUUUCGUAGACGUAAUUAAUACCGCGGAUGCCUACAAGCUAUCUCGCCUUAUCUGCAGUCAGUUCAGCAGAGGGGUGUUCUCGAUGCUGGGCGCGGUGAGUCCGGACUCGUUCGACACCCUCCAUUCUUACAGCAACACGUUCCAGAUGCCUUUCGUGACGCCCUGGUUUCCCGAGAAGGUUCUGACACCGUCCUCUGGUCUCCUGGAUUUCGCCAUAAGCAUGCGUCCGGAUUAUCAUCGCGCGAUCAUCGACACGGUGCGAUACUACGGCUGGAAGAAAAUCAUCUACCUCUACGACUCCCACGACGGUCUGCUCAGGCUGCAGCAGAUCUACCAGGGCCUGAAACCUGGCAACGAGUCGUUUCAGGUGGAAACGGUCAAGCGAAUACAAAAUAUGUCCGAGGCGAUCGACUUUCUGCGCAGCUUGGAAGAACUCAAUAGAUGGAGCAACAAAUACGUGGUGCUCGAUUGUCCAACAGACAUGGCGAAGGAUAUCGUGGUGAGCCACGUGAGGGACGUUGCACUGGGGAAAAGAACGUACCACUACUUGUUGAGCGGAUUGAUAAUGGACGACCGAUGGGAGAGCGAGGUGAUCGAGUACGGUGCCAUCAACAUCACCGGUUUUCGCAUCGUGGACGCCACUCGACCUUACGUCAAAGACUUUUUAGCAGGCUGGCAUCGUCUGGAUCCGGCGACGUCUCAGGGUGCUGGCCGAGAAUCUAUUUCCGCACAAGCGGCGUUGAUGUACGACGCCGUAUUUGUUCUCGUCGAGGCGUUCAACAAGUUUCUGAGAAAAAAGCCGGACAGGAGCAACGUGAGACGGACCGGGAUUCCUGGCAGCAGUCAGAUUACCAACGGCACCAAAGGUCUCGAUUGCAACAACAGUCGAGGCUGGGUCACGCCGUUCGAGUACGGCGACAAAAUUUCCAGGCUGCUCAGAAAAGUGGAAAUCGAGGGACUGACGGGGGAGAUCCGCUUUAACGAUGACGGUCGCAGGCACAAUUACACCCUCCACGUCGUCGAGAUGACAGUCAACAGCGCCAUGGUCAAAGUGGCAGAAUGGACGGACGAGGCUGGAUUCCAGGCAAUCGCCGCGAAAUACAUACGACUUCGACCGCACACGGGAAUCGAGAAGAACAAGACCUAUAUCGUCACCACCAUUGUGGAGGAACCUUACAUCAUGAAGAAGAAGUCAGAGACUGGGGAAGUGUUGACUGGUAACGACAGCUACGAGGGAUACUGCAAGGAUCUGGCUGAUCUGAUAGCUAAGAAACUGGGAAUAACGUACGAGCUACGAAUAGUGAAAGACGGAAAGUACGGCAUGGAGGAUCCGGAUGUUCCAGGCGGUUGGGACGGCAUGGUCGGCGAGCUGAUCCGCAAAGAAGCAGAUAUAGCCAUUGCUCCCAUGACAAUCACUUCUGAACGCGAACGAGUGAUCGACUUCAGUAAACCGUUCAUGUCACUUGGAAUCAGCAUUAUGAUAAAGAAGCCCAUCAAGCAGAAACCUGGUGUAUUCAGCUUUUUGAAUCCAUUGAGCAAGGAGAUCUGGGUGUGCGUGAUCUUCUCGUACAUCGGUGUAUCCAUCGUGCUAUUUACCGUGUCCAGAUUCUCUCCCUACGAAUGGAGAGUGCUGACACUAAGCAGCGGCGCGGAUCCCACAAUGGCUACCAGAAACGAUCCCACGUUACAACAUCCACAUGGAUCUCAAGGAUCGCCUCAUAUACCAACGUCCAGUAUGGCGAACGAUUUCAGCAUCAUCAACAGCCUUUGGUUCGCGUUGGCCGCGUUCAUGCAGCAAGGUUGCGACAUAUCGCCCAGGUCAAUAUCAGGCAGAAUAGUAGGCAGCGUGUGGUGGUUCUUCACGCUGAUCCUGAUCUCCUCUUACACCGCCAAUUUAGCCGCGUUUCUAACCGUGGAAAGAAUGGUGGCACCGAUUAAUUCACCGGAAGACUUGGCCUCGCAAACGGAAGUACAAUACGGCACGCUAUCUCACGGAUCCACUUGGGACUUUUUUCGUAAAUCGCAGAUCAAUCUCUACAGCAAAAUGUGGGAGUUCAUGAACUCGAGGAAACACGUGUUCGUGAAAACGUACGAUGAGGGAAUACGAAGGGUGAGGACGAGUAAAGGGAAGUACGCCCUUCUGAUCGAGAGCCCGAAGAACGAGUAUAUUAACGAGAGGGAGCCUUGCGACACGAUGAAAGUCGGGAGGAACCUCGACGCUAAAGGUUUCGGCAUCGCGACGCCACUCGGCUCUCCCCUUAGAGACCCAAUAAACCUCGCGGUGCUGUCGCUGAAGGAAAACGGGGAACUGGCGAAACUGGUGAAUCGAUGGUGGUACGAUAGAACAGAAUGCAGGCACGGGGACAAGCAAGACGCCUCCAGGAACGAGCUUUCCCUCAGUAACGUAGCAGGGAUAUUCUACAUCCUCAUUGGUGGCCUGCUUCUAGCUCUGGCCGUCGCACUCCUAGAAUUCUGUUACAAAUCGCACACGGAAGCUACUAGGGCGAAGAUCCCACUGUCAGACGCGAUGAAGGCGAAAGCCCGACUGACGAUCGGCGGUGGUCGAGAUUUCGACAAUGGCCGGUACUACGCACCGGCAAACGCGAUUGGCAAUACCGAGGGCGACCAGGUGCACAGCAAUACGCACACCCAGGUGUAAAUUACCUGGAUAGCC